AUGUACUCUUCUUUGUAUAUCCGCUUGACAAUGUUCACCGUCAAUCAACAUCCUCAUGGUCCUUAUGUUAGGUCAUCCUCUUCAUUCGUCCCACCGCCUUACGGACAUUAUGCACCGCCACCGCCACCGCCACCACCACCACCUCCUCCUUUCCCGUCCACAUUUCAAAUGGAACAUAAAAUGGAAGCUAAACGUCUGUUAUCGGAGGAGAAUUUCACUCUUUCUCUUCGAUCGGAGGAGGGGGAAUUCUCUGAUGACAAAGAAUCUGUGUGGUCGGAUAGGACAGGAUCGAUAUGGUUUGGGCAAAGGAGACCUACUUGGCUAGAAAAUACAGUGCCAGCGUGGUCAAAUCCAGAACCACCUAUCUGGUCGGACCAUAAACAAUUUGUGCCAUUGGAGCCUGAAGCACCGAAAACUUUGGAUCAAGAACAAUUUCAGUGGAUGGAGCAGAUCGCUCCUGAAUGGCCGAAACAGCAGCCAUCUUUUAAUCAUUUUGAACAGGAAAUACCUCUGUGGUCGGACCAGGAAAACCUAUUGUCGUUGGAACAGGAUCUUCCUUCGUGGUCCACUGUAGAGUAUCCAGUAUGGCUGGAACAUAAGCAACCUGUGUGGCUGGAAAAUCAGUUGCCUGUGCAGCCUCAGCAGAACAAUCAUUUGUGGUCGGAACUGAAGUCACGUCCUUCAUGGUUGGGUCAGGAGGUCCCUAGAUGGUCAGAAGAACAAUUAAUCUUGUCAGCACAAGAAGAACAAACUACUUCUCAUAUAGGAGGUAGCUGGUGCCUCCAAGACAGCUCUGUUUGGUCAAAUCAGAAAGAGCAAACUUGGCCAACACAUGAACAGACUGGGUUGAGCGAGUAUAAAAUGUUAUCGAGUUUUGAGCACGAAGGACAGUUCUGGCCAAAUCUGAAAUCCAUAUGGUCGAACAAAGAGUUUCCUAUAUGGUCAGAACAGGAUACAUUCUCGAACCAGGAAGAUUCGGAGUGGUCGAUUGACAAAGAGGCCACUUGGACGCAGGGGCCUACUUGGUGGCAACCACCAAAAUCGUCCAUUUGGUCACAGGAAAAGCGAACUACUUGUUCGGAGCAGAAACGCUCCAUCUGGCCGGAUUCAGUUGUUCCUCUGUUAUCCGAAAAAGAAUGGCCUAGUUUGUCGUCGAAAGAGGUGAAAAAACCGAUUUGGCCGGAUUUAAUGGAUCAGCGAUGGAUGCCACCUCCAGACGUUCCUCCACUGAUGCUGCACCUGAUUCAUUGUGGAGACGUCGAUUGCACAUAUCGUGGUAAACCUCAUGUACAUUCUGAGAACUCGUGCUGGCUUCUGUAA